AUGCCGCUACGAACGUGGAAUUGUCAGCUUUCCUGUGCUCUAACGUGUUUCAAGUGUGAUCUACUCAACGCCACUGGUGUCUGCGAGCGUGGGGAAAGCUCCUGCCAGGCCAGGGGCAGCCAGCAGUGCUUUCUGAGGAAGGUGUAUGAAGGUGACAGGUUCCAGCAUGGAUACCAGGACUGUAGGGACCUGUGCAUCCCCAUGUCUGUCUUCAAACCAAACCUGCGAGUGGAUGUUGAAUGCUGCCGGGGCGAAUCGUUCUGUAACCGGGUUUAGCGACCUGGCCCCGCCUUGCUCUGGUCUGCUGCUCACUGGCCUGGGCCUCCCGUGUAGCCCCUUUUUAUACCCCUGUAGCCUCUCCCAGUCCCAACACCU